AUGAUUGAUUACGAUGCUAUUUUGGACCGGAGCGAGGGGUUGGGUCGGUCGAGUUGCUAUAGUGGAGAAGGUUGUUUGGUGAGCAAAAGGUCGUUGCACGAGGGUUGGUUGGAAGUGGAUGUGCAUGCUAAGCGUGGCCUACUAGCGGUAGCUUAUGUGUUGUGUUGUGUGCUAAGCGUGAGUGCUACUUCUUGCUCGGGUGUGGCCUACUCGUAUAAGGAGGGGCUACUAUGUGGAGGAGAAGCUAGAGCUUAG